AAGCAGCCUAACUUUUCCUUCGGGCUCUGAAGUUCAGCGGGAUAAACUUGUGAAAACCUGAGAUCCUCUUGACGUUAUGGGGGUUCAGCACUUAUUCGGGGUGCGGGGUUCGGCUUUAUUGAGGAUGUGAGUGAAGAGUGAGUCAGGAAGAUGUAGACACUAAGCUGGUGACGUAGCUCCGGUAGUUUCCUUUAUAUUGCAGCCCAAUCACUGAACAUUGUUAUUUAGUGGAAGUUUUUAACAAAGUAACAGCUGCUGUUUGCUACUCUCUACUGGAUGAAGCUGCAUUCUUCGGCUUUCUGUGAAUAAUAACUGCGGGGUUUGUGUGUGGAAAAUGUUGAAUUUGCUGUCUCGGAGUCCCACCGCGGAGGAGAACCUUCAGGGAAGGCGGCUGUGGACUGCAGCCGCUGUCGCGGUGACCAUCCUGGGGUUGUUCGCGGCCACUGGCUGGGCAGAGGAAGCCUCCUGUCACGGAGCCUACGACCUCUACUUUGUUUUAGACAAGUCUGGAAGCGUCGCCAGAAACUGGUUAGAAAUCUACUCCUUUGUGAAGAACCUUACGGACCGGUUCGUGAGUCCACAAAUGAGAGUCUCAUUCAUAAUUUUUUCAUCCAGAGCUGAAGUUCUGUUGCCUCUGACCGGAGACAGGCAUAAAGUUGAAGAAGGCCUGCGUCGCUUGCACAGUGUGGUACCAGCAGGUGAAACGUUCAUGCAUGAGGGAAUAAAAGAGGCUAACACUCAGAUCCAGCAGCAGUCCACAAAGUCCUCCAGCAUCAUCCUGGCUCUGACAGACGGGAAACUGACAGUGUAUAUCAAUGAGCUCACCCAACAGCAGGCUGAUGAAGCCAGGAAAUAUGGCGCUCGUGUUUACUGCGUUGGUGUCUUGGACUUUGAUGAGCAGCAGCUUGCUGAUAUUGCGGACUCCAAAGACAACGUGUUUCCUGUCAAAGAUGGCUUCCACGCUCUCAAAGGCAUUGUCAACUCUAUAUUAAAGCGAUCGUGCACAGAGAUCCUGACUGUGGAGCCUUCCAUUGUGUGUGUGAACGAAUCCUUCGACAUCGUCCUCAGAGGGAACGGCUUCUCUGUCGGACAGAACAAUGAAGGGGUCAUCUGCAGCUUCAUAAAGAAUCAGCAAACCAUCAACAACAAGCCAACUAUUGUGCACAAUGACUACCUGCUGUGUCCCGCUCCCAUAAUGUAUGAUCCUGGAGAAACUAUGGAUGUUCUUAUCAGCCUAAACAAUGGCAAAUCAUUCAUCGCUAGUGCCUACACCAUCACUGCAUCUACAUGUUCAAGCGGUUCUGUGGUUCUGAUCGUGAUUCUGGUGAUGCUGGCGCUCGCGGCUCUGGCCUUCUUGUGGUGGUUCUGGCCUCUCUGCUGCACUGUGGUCAUCAAAGACCCACCGCCGCCGCCUCCACCUUCCCGUCCGCCUCCACCUGAACCCGAGUCGCUGCCAAAGAAGAAGUGGCCGACGGUGGACGCCUCAUACUACGGAGGAAGAGGAGCGGGAGGCAUCAAACGCAUGGAGGUGAAAUGGGGAGAAAAGGGAUCAACUGAGGAGGGGGCCCGGCUGGAGAAGGCCAAAAAUGCUAAAGUGUCCGAACCAGAGGACGUGGAAGAGCCGAUGAUCAAACGUCCAAAACCUAAACCGGCGUCCAACAACAGGCAGGCUGAAAGCAAAUGGUACACUCCUAUCAAGGGUCGCCUGGAUGCGUUGUGGGCUUUGUUGCGGCGGCAGUAUGACCGGGUCUCCCUCAUGCGUCCCACCUCAGCAGACCAGGGCCGCUGUGUUAAUUUCAACCGUGUGCCACAUCAGGCGAGCAGAACUACUGUGUGAAAGUGACUGAGCUCAUGGCUGCCGACCAGACAACAGAUUCAGGGUUAUUUUGGUUUUGCCAACGUUUCUUGCAGCUGGAACCACUACACGUUUCCCCGGCCGUCACUUUUUACACCGAGCUUCCUCUCUUGUAGAUCUCUGCAUCAUACCGGCUGAAACAUGUAAUGUUUUAAUGUUAUUUUUAACCUCUAACUUAUUUACUGCCUGAUUCCGAAUCUCUUUUCUUUGUUUGUUGGUUUUUGAUAAAAAAAGAAGAAGAAAAAAAACGAGCGCCUCAGAACUCAGCACUCAGUCUGUGUUAGCUUUUCAUGUGCACCGAAGACUUAACAUAUUCUGACCAUAUUGUGCCUUCUGAAAAAAAGCCUGGUUUCAUGGACACAGACGGAAACUAUCUAUAAAAAAAAGAAAGAAAGAAAGAAAGGGGGCUGUUUGCCUUUGGCGUGGAAGUCGGAAUAAUCCCAGCGGGGCCUCCAAAGUGCAGUAGUCCGUUUUCCUUUUGGCAAUGUCUCAUCUCGACUCUUCUCCAACUUCAGCGGCGCUGGAUGCCCGGCGGCUGCCCUCUGACUGGCUUAUCCUGUCAUUUCAUCACUGAGAAGUGCACACGCAUGACAAAUUGUAGACAGGACGCCCCAAGGUGUUGGAAGGCACCAAGAUUUUGCCCUUUAGUUUUUUUUUUGUUGUUGUUCUUACAGAUACCUUCCUUUCAUUAUGCGCUCGGGACAAGGAAAUUAAUAGAGCGUUAUCGGACCGCAGGACAGCCUUCUGAGCGGGACGCGUCUCCAGCUACGUUUGAGGGAUUGAUGCCUUCCAGACCUUGACAUGGCGCUUGGUGUUUUCGGUUCAGUCUGCUCUCUGCUCAGUAAGGCGUAGCACAUCACGGCCGAUAAACAGGCCUAUCAGUUAGGACUUAAGCUACAGAUGCAACUGCACUCCCUUCGCCUGCGUCACAACUCGCCUGUUCCCCCAGCGCCCGAAUAUCAAAGUUUAAUUAAAAUAAUUAAAGGCAACAGCAAGCAGCAGCCUGUGAAGACUUGGCUGUCUCUUUUUUUAUGCCUUUUUGACUUUGAAUGACCUAUAACUGUGCAACCAAAAAGGAGGACACGGCGCCGCGGCGACGGUCCACCAUGUCCAAAACGCAAACCCAAAGCAACGGAUGCGACGGACGGAUAAGUAUUGUUCAUUUCCAGAAAUGAUGCCCCCCUUCCCACCCUGAUAUCCCCCCCCAAAAAAAUCCGGGGUUAUAUAUUUAUAUUUAUUGUAGACUUCUCAAGCGCGCUGUCAUGACGCCAUUCCUAAAUGAUGUUAGUGUGAGCGGAAACACUGUGGGGGAGGAAAGGGGGCAGCUGAAGAAAAAGGCUCGAAUGAUCCAGUCACUUCGGAUACCGUACUUCAGACGCAGAAUGGAUAUUCGAGUCGAAACCUGACAAAGCGUGCCGGCUUUGACGGGAAGCGGUAUAGACAAUGACCAGUGGCUGGGUCAGUGGGAUGUCUCCGUGCAAGCAGGGAAGCUUAUCAAAUGACACUAAAAAUAAGUUCAA